UCCCAAGAAGCAAACAAAGAAAUAUAGCCACCAUGUUCAAAUACGCCGUCGUUGUCCUCGCUCUCGUUGCCUGUGCUGCUGCCAAGCCAGGACUUCUGGGUGCUCCUCUGGCCUACACUUCCCCACUGGCUUACACUGCUCCUCUGGCCUACUCUGCUCCCGCUGCUGUGGUGGCUGCACCUGCUCCAGUUGUGACCGCAACCAGUAGCCAGGUGACCGCCAGGAACUUCAAUGGAAUCGCCGCUGCUCCAGUGAUUGCUCCAGUGGCUGCUCCCGUGGUUGCCAAGUACGCAGCUGCUCCUCUGGCGGCUCCUUUGGCCUACUCCUCCCCACUGGCGUACACCUCCCCCUUGGCCUACACCUCCCCACUGGCGUACAAUGCCCUCCCAGCUGCCGCUCCAGUUCUCCUGUAGGAACUUUGACUGAUCUAUAAACGUAU